AACGGCUCAAAUAGCCCUGGAUGGUUCAGACCACCAUCAAAAGGCGACUGUAAAGAGAUAAUUCACCUCUUCAUCUGGGCAUUAGUGGGGAAAAGAGACGCUGAAAUGGUGCGGCUGCAUGUGAAGAGGGGAGAUGAAAGCCAGUUCCUGCUGGACACGACGGUGGAUGAGUCCGUGGACUCACUGAUCCACCACAUUACAGCCAUUUACAACCUGAGACUCAAAGUGAUGCGCGUUUGUUCCGAGAUGGUGGACCUGGCCGAUCACGGCAUCACGCUUCCACCCAACAUGCAGGGCCUGAGCGCGGAGCAGAUCGUGGAUCUGAAGCUGAGAGACGACUGGGAGGAUACGUGUGUGCCCAGCGGAGGAGUGGUGUUCAGGAAGGACAAGAUCGGGAGGAGGAACGGACAAGCUCCGAUUGACAGCAUGAAACAGCUCAUGGUGAAAACCACCCAGGAGGCCAAGGCGCUCAUCUCCAAGAAGCAAGUGGAAGCAAACGUGUGCGUGACCAUGAACAUGAUCAAGGAGAGUCUUGACCUGCUCAGGGGGGCCAUCAUGAUCGUGUAUCCGAUGGGGCUGCCGCCUCACGACCCAGUCAGGAUGGAGCUGGAGAACCGCGAGGACCUGUCGGGAACUCAGGCGUCUCUGGAGGUGAUGGAGGAGGACGAGUGUCAGCUGUGGUGGGCCGCCAAGGAGCUGCAGAGAGGCAGCAAGCUGCUGGACUAUGUCGGCAGAAACGAGAAGACCAAGGUGGUGGUGAAGAUCCAGAAGAAGGGACAGGGGGCGCCAGGGAGAGAGCCCCUGGUCACCGACGCGCAGCAGAAGCAGAUGAUGAUGCACUACUACAGACGACAGGAAGAGCUGAAGAAGCUCGAUGAGGCUGACGACGACUCCUAUCUGGACUCGGAGUGGUCAGACGGCCAGGCCCUGAAGAGGCACUUCCAGGGUCUGUCCAAAAUAAAGUGGGGCCCGAGAUGAAGACUUGAGCUUCACUUCUCUUCCUUUUGUCCAACCAUUAAAAAUAAAAAC